AUGCGUAUGGAUAUCGAUCAUAUGUAUUAUGAGGAGCUUCUUGCAUUAUGUGAGCAGAUUGGGAAUGCUGGAUCGGGGUUAUCAGAGGAUUUUAUUUCAGAAGCCAAGGUAGCUGAAGAUGCUCGGAGGCGAGUGGAGGAGGAAGCUACUGCAGAAGCAAAACGGAAAAGAGACCUGGAGAGGGAAUCAACCAGACAAACAUUAUUGAAGAUGGAGAGAUCUAAGAGGGAGAUUAGAGAAUCUAAACUCCAAGAACUAAUGAACAAACAUUUUGCAGCAAGUUCAGUUCCAAAAGGCAUCCAUUGUCUCUCUUUGAGAUUAACCGAUGAAUACUCAUCUAAUGCCCAUGCACGCCGCCAGUUGCCCUCAUCGGAGUUUCUCCCUGUUCUUUCUAACAACUCAUAUUACCAUUUUAUCCUUUCAAGUGACAACAUCUUAGCAGCUACUGUUGUGCUCACUUCUAUAGUCCAGUCAUCUCUAACACCUGAGAAGAUUGUUUUGCAUGUCAUCACUGAUAAGAAAACAUAUGCAGGCAUGCACUCAUGGUUUGCGUUAAACGCCAUCUCACCUGCCAUUAUUGAAGUCAAAGGUGUUCAUCAGUUUGACUGGUUGACCCGAGAUAAUGUUCCUGUUCUUGAAGCCGUUGAAAAUCAUAAUGGAAUUCGUAAUUACUAUCAUGGAAAUCAUAUACCAGGCACUAAUGUUGGUGAUACUGUUACUCCAAGAUCAUUUGCCUCAAAAUUACAAGCUAGAAUCCCUAAAUACAUAUCCUUGCUCAAUCAUCUUCACAUAUAUCUCCCAGAGAUGUGCAUCCUCAGGUCAGUCCUUGAUAAGUGCCUAAGGCUGCUUGGUUUUGAGUCGGCAGCACCUUGCGAUACCUCUUGCAAACUCAGGUAUGUAGCUUUAUUAUUCCGAAUAGCUCUUGUUUUCUAG